AUGGAGGACACCCCCGCCGCGGCGCUGCGCGUGCCGGCCGCGCAGUGCGGGCAGCUGGUGGCUGCCGAGUGGCGGCGCGAGCAGGAGGGCGCGGCGGGCGGCGGCGCGCGGCCCGGGGGUUGGCAGUACACGACGCUCAAGGGGCUGGUUUCCGGCGACCCAGUGCUGGCGUUGGUGCACGAGGGCCCGGCUGUCUAUGUGCAGCUGGUGCCGGCGCGCCUCCUGGACGCCGCCACCGCCGCGCUGCUGUGCGCCGUCCACGCCACCUGGCCCCCUGGCUCCCCCUGCCACGCCCUCGCCGCGGCGAUCGUGACACGCUACAAGGGCCGCCUGUCUGGGUGUGCGCAGCACGUCCACCCCCAGGAAUUGAGGAAGCUGGGCCCCUGCAUCCCGGCGACCCAGGCGGGGCCGGCCGCGGGCUCGGUUGUCCGCAGGGAGUGGCAACGGCAGCGGCAGGUGGCCGGCAAGGCAGGCGGCAGCGCGGCCUCGGGGGCGGCAGGCACAGGGCCGAUCCCCAGCCUCAAGUCGCUGAUCGGUGCUGACGUCAUCUUGGAGAUCCGGCUCGGCGAUAAAGCUGGCGCCAUGUUUGUUGCCCUCAGCCCUGCCAAGCUCGUGGAAGCUGCGAGCUCCAAGCUCAUGUCUGCCAUCGCGGCCGUGUGGCCCGCGUCCCAUCGCAACCCCUCGGCGGCCGCCUGCCGCGUGGUGGCGGCGCGCAUCGCCGCUCGGCAGCGCGGCAAGGCGGAGGGGACGGCUAAGCUGUAUGCAGACGAAGGGCAUCACCAGUUUGGCGUGCUGGUGGCGCAAGCAGGCAUUGAUCUGCCAAAGCCUUCCAGCCUGCCGACCCUGGACCCGGCUUUCAGCAUUGUCGACGGCGCCAUUGCGCGCACCGCACGUAUCCUGCUGCUGGACGCAGCGGCGGUCGUGGAGCGGGCACCAGCGGCGCUAGCGGCGCGGCCGCUACCGGCGCCCAAGCCGCAGCCGCAGGAAGCGGAACCAGUGCAGCAACAGCAGCAGCAGCAGCAGCAGCAGCAGCAGCAGCAGCUACAAGGGCAAGCAUCACAACAGCAACACUUGAAGGUGCUGGCAACGCAAGAGCCUCGUCAGGAGGCGCAGCAGCGCCAGCCCUCGGCCAACAGCGUGGCGCCCGAGGCACUGGUGGCGCCGCCGCCCGCCGCCAGUGGCGGCAGCCAUGCCGACCGGGGAAAUCGCGGCGACUGGCCACACCCCAACAACGUGGCCCUGACGGCGAGCGGCCUCAUGCGCCCCUCCCGCUGGCGCCAGAACGCGAGCCACCACGUGUCCACCCUCUCCGCUGCCUGCGGGCGCUGCGGGUUCCGCGGCCACCGCACGCACUCGUGCGAGGUGCCCCAGUGCGGCGCCUGCGGGCGCUUUGGGCAUACAGACAGGGAGCACUCGACUGCGUGCAGCGCCUGCGGGGUGGGCGGCACAGAGACAGAGGAGCGCCGGCUGCGCAAUGCGCACGGUGAAAGGGAGUGCCCGUUCGGCUUCUGCCGCACCUGCGGCGUUCGCGGCCACUGGGCGGACGACAUGCACGACUUGCUAGGGCGCCGGAGUGCGGAAGCGUCUGGACACAAGGCAGAGGGCAGCACGCAGCUGCAGCAGCAGCAGCAGCAGCAGCAAGUGGGGCUUGACCAGCCGCCUGACGUGGGUCCAGCACCACAGCUGGCUCAGCAGUCACCACACCCAGGGCUGCAGCCUCCCCAUCAGCCGCUCCCCCCUUCGCUGGUGGGGCCGGGCCGCGCCCCGCCGCCGCUGGUCACGUCGCCGCCGUCGCAGGCGCAGGGGGCGCCGGCGCAGGCGGCGCCUGCGCGCGGCCAGCCGCCCGUGGCCCCUUCGCAGCAGCCGCUCCUUCAGACUUUACUGCUGCAGGCUCAGGCGUCCCGGCCGCGGCCAGCAGCCCCGGUGGGCCCCACGCCUAAUCCAGAGCAGCAGCCCGUGCUCGCGCCGCCGCCGCACCCGUGGCUGCUGCCCUCGUCGCAGCAGCCGACUGCGCCGUCCCUCAUCCGCCCGUCGGUACCACUGCAGCAGCCGCCACCGCCGCCGCCGCAGCAGCAGCAGCAGCAGCAGCAGCACCCACUGCAGCAGCAGCUGCAACAGCACCAGCAGCAGCACCAACACCUUGUGCAGCAGCAGCAGCAGCAGCAGCAGCAGCAGCCAGCUGCCUCGCCGUUUGGCCCAGACGACGGCCUGCCGGAGGGCGUCCCCGCCCUGGAGGCGGUCCAGACGCUGGUGGACAUGAUGUGGAGCCAGACCCCGGCCCUGGCCGAGGCCUUCAUGUCAGAGGAGCGCCUGGCGGCGCUGGGGGCGGCCAUCGUGGACCGCUAUGGCCCGCUCAUGACCGCGGUGCGGCUGCGGGACGAGGCGGGGUUCUUGGCGGUGCUCGACGGCCGCAGCGCCAGCGGCGGCGCUGCGGCGGCGCACGGGCAGCCGCAGGCCGAGGGACACACGAACGCACAAGCCCCGCCGCCGCAGCAGCAACAGCACCAGUACCCACACCAGCUGCAGUUCCAGCAGCAGCAGCAGCAGCAGCAGCAGCAGCAGCAGCGCCCAGUGGCGACGCUGCUGCCGCGGCCUGAGCCGCAGCCACAACACGUCCAAAAUGGUGGCAGCGGCGGCGCCGUUUGGGCGCCCGGCGCAGGCGACCUGCGGCGGCUCGUGGCCCUCUGCGGCGCCGUGUGGCCGCCGCACGAGAGCCCCCUGCAGCUGCUGAGGGGGCGGCUGGCGGAGCUGCUCCUGCUGGACGCGCUGGCGCUGGAGUCGCGGGGCGCGGCGGGCGCAGACGACAACGAUGACGACGGGGUCAUCCCCUUCUCCAUGCCUAUUGCGCGGGCAGGCGCCCUCCUGCUGAGCCACUGGCAGCAGGGCCAGCGGCUCUAUGAUGUGGCACGAGCCGGCGAGCCCUGGUCAAACCUGGCCGCUGAUGUCAUCGGGCCGGACCCCUACCUGCGCAUCGUGCCCGGCGGCGCCGGCGGCCCGGCGGGCGGGCCGCGCGUUUGGCUGGACACGGAGCGGCUCUCGCGCUGGGGCGCGUCCGCGCGGCUGCCGUCGUAUGCAGGCCUGCUGUCGCUACUCGACACCGCCCUGCCGGACCCCGACGGCCCCGGCCUGGCCUGCAACUGGCUCGCCAAGCUGCUGGCCGCGGCCGGCAACCCGGGGGUGUCCACCUGGCGCAACGCGGCCGCCAGGGCGUCACCCAAUGACGCGGCCUACUCCAUGCCCGCUGAGGAGUGCGGUGAGGGCCGCUGCCGGGCCGCGGCCGGAUCGGCUGCUCUGCAGAGCGUUGUGCAAUGA